AUGUCCAUUGCUAACACGGCCGCCCAGGCCAUGCUAUCAGAUGCCCUGCUCCGAGAGGGCGCAGGGGACAACCGGACACGCUCCCUGGAGCUGGAGCUGCCCCUCGACAGGGUCAUCAAGUUCAUCUCUGUCGGUCUGCCCCUUCUGCUUGUUUCCAUGGCGUUUGCCAGGGAGAUCUCUUUGGGUCCACAGAUCAGCUGUUUUCCUCCAAACAACUUCACCGCCAAGCAGGCCAGCUACGUGGACACAUACUGCUGGGACUCGCUCAUGCACCAUGAGUUUGACAGUGAUGGAAACUUUGAGGAGCGCUCGCUGUGGGUCCACAAAAUGUUCCCAUACUCCCUACUGGCCAUGGCGGUGAUGAUGUACCUGCCGGCUCUGAUCUGGCGUUACCUGGUGACUCCCUACCUGGGUUCAGACCUGCUCUUCAUCAUCGAUGAGCUGGACAAGUCCUACAACCGCUCAGUCCGGCUGGCCCAAAGCAUCCUGGAGCUUCAGCAGCAAGCUCCCGACCAGAUGGAGUUCCAAGCCGAGCUGCAGAGAGCUAAGCGGAAACGCUACUUUGAGUACCCCCUGCUGGAGAGAUACAUGCAGUGCAAGCACCACUCCUACUUCCUGGUCAGCAUGCUGUUCUUGCGCGGCUUCCUGCUGCUGGUCUUCAUGUCGGCCUCCUGCCUCUACCUGGUCUACUUCCACCUGUCGGCCUUCCUCCAGGACGAGUUCAGCUGCUUUGUGAGGACGGGCUUGCUGCGGGACCAGCCCUGGGUGCCCGAGCUGGUGCAGUGCAAAAUGACCGGCCUGCUGGUCUUCCAGGUCAUCAGUGUGGCCAACGGCGCCAUCUACGUCCUGCUGGCCCCCAUCAUCAUCUUCAGCCUGCUGCGCCUCUUCUGCUGGGACACCACCUUCCUGUCCCUCUACGAGGUGCUGCCCUCGCUGGGCCUCAUCAGCGGGCACAAGCUGGGCUGCCCCCUCAACGACCUCAACGUGCUCCUCCUCUUCCUGCGUGCCAACGUCUCCCAGCUGCGCUCCUACGGCCGGCUGCGGGCCAUGUGCUCGCUGGCGCCCGCUCAGCUGGGGCGGGGCCGGGGCAAGGGUGGGCGGGGCGGGUCUGAGGAGGCGGAGGAAGCGGCCGAGGAGAGGGAGGAGCUGGAGGAGGAAAUACGGGAAGCAAGGGAGGAGGGCAAAUACAACCUGGUGGAUAUCAUGACCGUCGUGGGUGGGGCCAGAGUCAGCGGCGUGAACUGCGUGGACCACAGGCCCCUGGUAGAGGAAAAUUUGAGUCUUGGUACCGUAACCCUCAUCUAUGUCCUCAAACGUAUAAUACUGUUGGGCAUUUUUGUUUAUAUCAUAUGGGAUGUUCAAAAAAUCAUCAAAUGA